AUGGCGAGGAAACUAGUCCUUGAAGUGCCAGCUUCUCCACUUCAUAAGCUCGCUACGGUGUCAACUAGAAUCCUAAAAACCAACGCCACCGAAACCGUAGAAUGUCCUCCCAUAGCAUUCUGCGAACAUGCGAGCAAACUCAUGACGAGCUCUCUAAUAGGCAACCCACACUGUUGGCCUAUUGGGGCAAUAGCUACCAUUGCUAUAAUAAUAUACAUCCUUGGAACUACCAUAUUAAUAAGCGCAAGGAUCAUAAAGCAGCUGGUAGCCAGUCACCACAACAAUAUAGGCACUGCUCAAGAAAUCGUUGUCAUGAACUCCUUCAAUCCAAGACCGCUGAGCGUCUCCACAAGAGUGACAACAAUGGUGGUUCUACUUGCCAUAUUUAGCAGCUCACAAGCCUGUCAACACGGGUACAUGAGACACACUGUAGAUCUGAUCUGCAACAAUAAAGGGAACUGCUCUUACGAAAGUUCUCUUCAACCACAUCCAAUCGGAACUCUGUAUCAACGCCAGAUACGAAAACAGAACAUUGGAAUGAUAAAAAUCCGACAAAAACCACUCAAAUUGGUGUGCUCGAAAACACUCCUAUUCUUCACACGAGACACGAAGCACAAAAUCUUCCACAAAACAAGAUGUGCAGAGGCAGGAUCCUGUACUCAGAACAGGUGUAAUACCUUGAAACCUCACGAAAACGUAGAGGAACUACAGGUAGCCAACAAAUAUCCGGGAUACUCUGCUUGCGAGCAUACUUGCGGUGGACUAUUAUGUGGAUGCUUUCUGCCUGUACAAGCAUGUUCAUUCAUCAGGGUCGCCCAAAUACCGAUAUCGAAAUCAGUGUAUGAGGUCGUCAGUUGCAAAGACUGGACACCCUUAAUCGAAUUCGAAGUAGAAUUCAAAGUCCAUAAUAUGGAACAACACAGGGAAUUCACUCUCAUGCCUUACGUCACACAAUCGCAUGAAGAGAUAGCUCUCACAGUGAUAUCAAUUCAGAGACCAACUGCAUCCCUAUUCGAUCAGCGCUUUGCAGUCUCACAGGAAGAAGCUCUAGUAAUUCCUAACAACUUUGAACUACCAGUGCGCUGCCCCACGGUGAACAUAGCAGCAAAAAACUUUGCCAACUGCAGUAACCAGAUGCUACAAAACGCACAAUCUUGUCAUUGUCCACAACAAGCAAUAAGGGACAUUAGAGCAGAGAUAGAAAAUCGGCUGCCGAUAUACACUCCAUCUCUAGGUCUGAGCUAUGACAAUAUGCAGAUUUGCGCUCACCUCCACGAGAUGCUGAGGGUAACAGCUUGCCCAUAA